CAUUAGUGUUUUCAAAGUAAUCUGCACCGUUAAAAUUUUAUACAAAACGCUAACGCUAAUUUCUAACGUUAUUCCCAAACAGGCCCUUUAUGUUUUUUAUUGGGCAUUGCCGAGUUUGAAUGGCAGCAGCAGCCGGCGAUCAAUUCCUCAAAUCCGUCUUCCAUUGCGAUCACAUCAUCAUCAUGGCGAAUGCGGUGUCGGGAAUGCAGGUGGACGACGCGUGCAAGCUGAAGUUUCUGGAACUGAAAUCGAAGAGGAACUACCGGUACAUACUGUUCAAGAUCGAGGCUCAACAGGUGGUGGUGGAGAAGGUGGGGAGACCCGAUGAGUCCUACGACGAUUUCACCAACUCUCUCCCUUCCGACGAGUGCCGCUACGCCGUCUUUGAUUUCGACUUCACCACCGACGAGAAUGUCCAGAAAAGCAAGAUUUUCUUCAUCGCCUGGUCACCGGAAUCAUCAAGGGUGAGGAUGAAGAUGGUGUAUGCAAGCUCAAAGGACCGGUUCAAGAGAGAACUCGAUGGGAUUCAGGUUGAGCUCCAAGCCACCGAUCCUAGCGAAAUGAGCCUCGACACCAUCAAAGCUCGAGCAUUCUAAUAAGCCCCCCAUCACCAUCAUCAU